CUCACAGACUAACUUGCACAAGAAAAAAAAACACACAGGCAGCUCCACCAUACUAGGUAAUGAGCUCUAGCAAGACGCCGCGGCUGAUGUUUUAUGUGCCCUACUUUGGAUAUCCCUGCGUUGAAUGUCUAAGGAGCUCCAGCUACUCCUGAGCCAUGUCGCAGAUGUUGCACAUAGAGAUUCCCAACUUCGGGAACACCGUCCUGGGCUGCCUCAACGAGCAGCGGCUGCUGGGGCUCUACUGCGACGUCUCCAUCGUGGUCAAGGGCCAGGCCUUCAAGGCGCACCGGGCGGUGCUGGCCGCCAGCAGCCUCUACUUCCGCGACCUCUUCAGCGGCAACAGCAAAAAUGCCUUCGAGCUGCCGGGGACCGUGCCGCCGGCGUGCUUCCAGCAGAUCCUCUCCUUCUGCUACACCGGGAAGCUCACCAUGGCGGCCAGCGAGCAGCUGGUGGUGAUGUACACGGCCGGCUUCCUGCAGAUCCAGCACAUCGUGGAGAAGGGGACGGACCUGAUGUUCAAAGUGAGCUCGCCGCACUGUGACUCGCAGACGGCCAUGAUCGAGGACCCCAGCUCGGAGCCGCAGAGCCCCUGCACCCAGCUGCAGGCCGCCUCGGCGCCCUACGUCGUGUCGCCCUCCAUGCCCAUCCCGCUCCUCACCCGCGUGAAGCACGAGAGCCUCGAGCUGCAGGCCACCGCCGGCCUCCCCGCCAAGCGGCCGCUGGAGGCCGGCGCCCGCGACGGCCCCGGCCCCGGCCCCGCCGCCGGCCCGCUCAAGCUCUCGCGCGUCUCCUACUACGGCGUGCCCAGCCUGGCCACGCUGCUGCCCGCCGUGCCGCCGGGGCAGUACCCGCCGGGCGAGCGCACCAGCCCCGGCGCCAGCAGCCUGCCCACCACCGACAGCCCCACCUCCUACCACAACGAGGAGGACGAGGAGGACGACGAGGCCUACGACACCAUGGUGGAGGAGCAGUACGGGCAGAUGUACAUCAAGUCCUCGGGCGGAUACUCGGUUGCUCAAGAAAAGCCAGAGCAGAUUCCACUAGAGAACCGUUCCUGCGUCCUCAUACGACGGGAUCUAGUCGCUCUCCCGGCCAGUCUCAUCAGUCAGAUCGGAUACCGUUGUCACCCGAAACUCUACUCGGAGGGGGAUCCCGGAGAAAAGCUCGAGCUCGUCGCAGGCUCGGGCGUUUACAUCACGCGGGGGCAGCUGAUGAACUGCCACCUCUGCGCUGGGGUCAAGCAUAAGGUUCUUCUGCGACGUCUUCUGGCCACCUUCUUUGAUCGGAACACGCUCGCCAACAGCUGCGGGACCGGCAUCCGCUCGUCCACCAGUGACCCCAGCCGCAAGCCCCUGGACAGCAGGGUCCUCAACGCCGUGAAACUGUAUUGUCAGAAUUUUGCCCCAAGCUUUAAGGAAAGCGAGAUGAAUGUUAUAGCAGCCGAUAUGUGCACCAACGCCCGCCGGGUUCGCAAGCGCUGGCUGCCGAAGAUCAAGUCCAUGCUGCCGGAAGGGAUGGAGAUGUACCGCACGGUGAUGGGCUCCAGCACAAACAGCGUCCCCCUGGACCCCGAGUUCCAGCCCAACUCUGCUCAGGUCUUUGAGCAGCGCAUCUAUGCAGAACGGAGGAGCGAGUCGGGAACUAUAGUAGCUCUGAGAACUAACACGGUAAACGUAGAUCUAAGCAAUGGCUCCAACCAGUCCUUCGAACAGAGCGAGGAUGCCGAAGGGGCUGGCUCGGUUAUACAGGAGGCAGCUGCCACGGAUGCGAUGGCAUCGGAUACCCAAAGCACUCCACAACCUUUCGAACAAGGUUCGGGCUCCACUAGCCGGCCAGAAACUCCGGUGAGAAGACAAGAUGGUACUUACGGAGGGACUUUAUAAAGAGAGCAAACGUUUUGUGACCUAUAAGGGAUCUGUAAUACUAAAGCUGCUUGCAUGCAUUACUAAUACAAAACAAAAAUGUGAUCAAGCCACUUACCUACUGAACUGCUACUGUUGCCUGAAAAAAAUGUGAUUUUUAUUCUGCUUGUAUUUAAAAUUUAUGAAGGAAAUAAUCGCAUUCGUUAUACUGUAAACGACUAGGUCUGUGGCGACCUACUUAAAAAAAAAAUAUUGGGCUCCUUUUUUGAUAUUCCUGAGGUUAGUCUAUAAGAUUGUAGCUUUUUUCUUUUUUUUUCCUUUUUUUUCUUUUUCUUCUUUUUUUUUUUUAAGAAGGGGAGGAGAAAAGCUAGACGCCCCCCCAACCACCACCACCCUGUCAUCACCACCCCAUCCAUCACUCAGCUCAGAAGUAAAGCCAUCGUUAACCUUUUCCUCUAAAGAACGUUUUACCGUCACUUAACAGGAAAGCAAGAUGUGUUAGGGUGCAAGGGGUUUGCCUGGCGAGGGUUUUCUCUGCAAGAAGGGCUCUAGCCAAGUGGGAUAGGGUGGGGGAAAUAGUUCAGCCCUUCUGUUACGGGCAGGUCGGCGACGCAGGGUGCCGGAGCCGCCGUCCGAGGGCUCUGCGGCCUCUCCGCCGACGGCUGCGUUGGGUUUUGCUUUUUCGGGUCGCGGGCGUGGAGGCGGUUCCUCUCGAGGUCGGGCUGGUACGUGUAGGCGGGACUGCGUGGGAUGCAGGCCGGGACCCUGGCUUUUUGGUUUUUCCAGUACGGCUGGAUUUGGGGGUUUGUUUCUCUCUGUCUCCCGUAGAGCUGCUCCUUCUUCGUUUGCUGCUUGCUUGGCGCACGCUGCACCUUCGCGCGCCGGCCGCUGGCGCGGGGCCGGCUUUGUGCCCGCUGCGACGGCCGGCCCGUGCUCUUCACCGCCCGACGCCUAAUCGAUGCAAAAAACCCUUAGCUUUGUGCCCUUCUGUGAAGAGAUUUUGGGGAGGAGGAAGGCUUGCACUGCUCAGCCUUCUGCAAAAAACCCCUCGGUGAAGCGUUGGCCGCGGGCUGGGAGGGGCUGGGCGCCCGGCCGGGCGCGUUUCGGGCCGCUGCCGGGAUUGGGACCGGGACGCCCGCCCACGCUGCCGCCGCGGGACAGCGACGCGAAACACAAGUACGGCUUGUUUUGGGGGAUUUUUUUGUGUUUUGGCUUUUUUUUUUUUUCGUUAUCGUUAUUUUUACUGUGAGUAAAAGGCCUGCUUUAAAGACACUUAGAGGUUGUUCCUUCGAAGGUUUGGAACUACGAACAAGCGCAAAGUGCACAAAUCGUCGCUCGAGGGCUCCGGCGGCCGCUCCGGCCCGGUUCGGUGGUUCUUCCCCCUCUCCCUGGUUCCCGAACUCAGCGCUUUGCUCAGGGUUUUCUUCCUUCUUUCUAUUUAAAUUGAAAAGGGGGGGCGGAGGGGCGAGAGGGUCGCCCAGCUCCCGGCCGUUGGUUUUGUCGUCUUCGCUACUUGAAGCCGGUUCCGCGUGGCGGUGGCGGAGCUGCCCGGCCCGCGGGGCGCUCGGCUGCGUGUGGGGCCGGAGGUGCCCGUGGGACCCCCGCGAAGGGGGGGCAUCGCGGUGGGGUGUGCGGGGCCGCGGCGCUCGCCGGCGAUAUUCGCGCUUCGCCCACGUGGGAUGCCCAAACGGGGACUCGCCCGUUGGCCCACGGCGGCCUGGAGGCAUCUCGGGCGCCUCGCGGGCCCCAAGGAGCCCACGUGGGGUCCGGCUGCCGGGGGGGGGCACCAGCCCCAUCGCAGCAAGCUCCCACCGCGGCCUGCUGCUCUCCAGGGGUUCGGCACCGCCUCUGCCGAGCCCGGAGCUGGGCUCUGCCGCACUCGGCACGCGUGUGGGUGCCCGCGGCGGUCCCAGGACGGGUUCCUCUCCCCGGGGCACCCGCGAGGGCCGGCGGACCAAACCCCUCCCGGAGAGCCGGGCGGCGAGGCAGCAGCGUUACUGGCCUGGCGUGGCAUGGCUUGGGGCAGAGAGCCUGGAGGGAGUCGAGUUGCACACUGAAAAAAUAUAUUUUUAUACCUAGCACAACUUCCUGUAUAUUUUGGGGGUUUUUUCUUUCUUUCUUUCUUUCCUUUUUUCUUUUUCUUUUUUUUUUUUCUUUUUUGAUUUGGGUUUGUUCGUUUUAUUAAUUAUUAUUAUUAGGAAGGCAAACUUCUAAAAUGUGAAGGGCGUUGGGUUUUUCCUUAUCUGGUAGAUGAGGGCAAGCAUUUUGCACUAAUGUUUCCUGUGUGUGGAGGAUUAAUGAUAUGUUUGAAAAUGUUAUGUGGAUAAUGAUUGUAUUCUUCCGAAAAAAAAAAAGUAACCCCUUUAAAAUACUGAAUGUAAAGCGAGAACA